AUAUUUUAAUUUCAUGUGCUAAGGGACGGGAUCUCUGAACCCUUCCUUCCCUCAAGGCUAAAACCCAAACCAGCACAGACGGCACCACUCACCCGAUUAUAAUUCCACUAAAUCCUAAAAGAAUUGGAGAAGAUUCUAGUUUUGGAAGCCGCUCGAGUACCUGCUGGGGUGGUGGUUGGGCUUGGAGACCACUAGACGCCACAGCUGAGUAAAGCUGGAAAGAGAGCUGAGAAGAAAGGUUAGAAAUGCCUAUGAAGAAGAAAGAAGCCAAAGGAGGAUCAUCAGCCCCUGAUGUGGCUCCUGAGGAACCAAAAAUGGACAUCAAGUCCAUCCUGAAAGAUAUUGAGUUUCUAGGGUCCUCGCAUAUGACAUGGAAAGAGAAAAAGGACUUAGAGAACAGGAAGGUAGUUUCACUUGGCGGAAAGCCUCCAAAGAAGCAGAGGCUACCUCUUAGUGUAGCACGAGUUACCAUGAAGAAACAGAAGGAAAGAGACGAAAAAUUGCUUCAAGAGAGAGCAAUACUUGGAAGGUUUGGAGCCUAUAGUAGCAGUGGUGCUAAAAAGGUAGCACAGAGGCGCCGGCCUGAGGACAGAGUUCUUAGGGCAACCGAAGGUAAUUUCAGAAAUGGUGUCCUCGAUGUGAAACAUCUAUUACAACCCUCUGCCCCUCGAAGUGCUGAUGACAAUGGUAGGUAUGCCAUCAGUAAAGGGAAGAAAAAGAAAGGUGGUAAAAAAGGUCAUGGUAAGGGAAAGGGUGGUGGUAGGAAGCGCCACUAGAUAUAUGUGAAAUCUACCUAGGAGGAGAAAUCUUCUUCGAUACUCAUUCCCCUGUUUCCAUGCUUUUGCUGAUCAACCAAGGCAUAGAUUACCAUAUUUAGUUUCAAGUGACAUUUUCUCCUAUACAGAAAUUCUUGUUGGAUCUGAAAACUAGUAGAAAUAUCAUGCUUUAUUUGGCAAUGUUAUUCUUCUAUUCAACCAUGGAAGGGGGAUAGUAUGCAGGUCUCAGGGCACAGAACUGCUGUCCCCCUUAUAUUGUUUUGUGUUC